AUGGCGCACGUCGUCGCGCGUUCGAACGCGCGGACCGAGCCGCCGCCGCCGGCGCUCGGGGACGAUGAUGGCGCGACGGCGACGCACGCGGACGACGACGCGGGACCGACGACGACGGGAAAGAAGGGACGGUACCGACGUGAUAAACCGUGGGACCACGAUGGGAUCGAUCACUGGCGCGUGGACCCGUUCACGGCGGAGGAUAACCCGCACGGGGUGCUGGAGGAGAGCUCGUUCGCCGUGCUCUUUCCAAAGUAUCGAGAAAAGUACCUGCGAGAGGUGUGGCCGAGCGUCACGCGAGCGCUGAAGGAGCAAGGGGUGUCGUGUGAGCUUAAUUUGGUCGAGGGCUCGAUGACGGUGCGAACGACGCGUAAGACGUUCGACCCGUACAUCAUCGUCAAGGCGAGAGAUUUGAUAAAACUGUUGAGUCGCUCCGUGCCGGCGCCGCAGGCGCUCAAGGUGCUCGACGACGACACGAACUGCGACGUGAUUAAGAUUGGAGGGAUGGUGCGUAACAAGGAGCGUUUCGUUAAACGUCGUCAGCGUCUCAUCGGUCCGAACGGUUCGACGCUCAAGGCGAUCGAGAUGCUCACGGGGUGCUACGUAUUGGUGCAAGGGAACACGGUGAGCGUCAUGGGCGGAUGGAAGGGAUUGAAGACGGUGCGGAAAAUUGUCGAGGACGCGAUGAAGAACACGCACCCGAUAUAUCACAUCAAAGAGCUCAUGAUCAAGCGCGAGCUCGAGAAGGACCCGGAGCUCGCGACGCAGAGCUGGGACCGCUUUCUGCCAAAGUUUAAGAAGAAGAACGUGCAGCGCAAAAAGCCGCAAAAGGUUGGCAAGAAGGAGCGCGCGGUGUUCCCGCCGGCGCAACCGAUGAGCAAGGUAGACAUGCAGAUCGAAUCCGGGGAGUAUUUCUUGUCCAAAGAGGCAAAGGAGAGAAAGGCGGCGUACGACAAGUUACAAAAGCAAAAGAAUGUUUCAACCGAAAACCAAAAGAAGCGACUCGAAGCCUUUGUGGCGCCCAAGGAGGAGGACAAACCUGUGCGCACUUCAAAGAGCGAGGCGAAAGAAGAGGACGUCAACGACGUCGCCGCAUCUCUCAAGGCGAAGAGCAAGACUCGGAAGGAGGAAGAGAAACGCUCGAAAUCGUCCGCUUCGGCUUUCGUAAUGGGCGGCGUCAAAGAGUCAAAGUCGAAGAAGCGCGACCGCGAGGACAAAAAGGAGAAAAAGGCGAAAAAGUCCAAAAAGGAUCGCGAUUGA